CCGAUGUCCUUGGAGUGUGAAUGCGUCUUCUGCCUCAGCUGCACCAAUUCACUGCAGAAAGAGCCCCAAGGGGAAGGUGUCUUGUGUCCCUUCUGCCUGGUGGCUUCUCAGAAAAACAACAUCAGGCUCAAUCGGCAGCUGGGGAGUCUGGUUUCCCACAUUAAGGAACUGGAGCCCAAGCUGAAAAAGAUUCUGAAGAUGAACCCAAGAAUGCGGAAGUUCCAAGUGGAAGUGACCUUGGAUGUUGACACAGCUCACAACCUCCUCCUCAUUUCUGAAGACCUCAGGAGCGUCCGACGUGGGAGGAUCCAUCAGAAUCGGCCAAACAGUGCUGAGAGAUUCAACUUGGCGGGUGCUGUCCUGGGCUCCCCUGGUUUCACCUCUGGCCGCCACUACUGGGAGGUGGACCUAGGAACAAGCACAGAAUGGAAUCUGGGAGUCUGCAGAGAAUCUGCCAGCCGCAAAGGGAACAUCCAAAUGACCACAGAGCAUGGAUUCUGGAUUGUGAGUUUGAGGGCUGAGGGCUUCCACUUUGCUAACACAAGCCCUCCAACACCCCUCUGGGUGAACCCCAAUUUACAGCGAAUGGGGAUUUUUAUGGAUAGAGGCAUGGGAGACAUUUCCUUUUACCACCUUGGAGAUGGAUCCCACAUCUAUACAUUCACGAAAGUUUUUCCUGAGGAGCCGCUGCGCCCAUAUUUUGCUCCUUCCACCCUCCCAGAUCAGGGUGUCCUGAGUGUCUGUCCUGUGAUAAACCCAGGCACUGCCCAUCCUCUAGUCCAUCCUGGGGAGGGCAAAUAAACCCCCACUGCAUAGAAACAGGAUCGGGAAAUUAAAUUAUUUGGUGGGUAGACCUAGGAAGUUUCUGUUGGGUAUAUAUAUUUUACAAAAUCAUGGCACAAAAAUAUAGACCAUUCCAUGAUGUAGUUAACUUCAUAGAUUCAUUAGGAUAAAAGCUGAGUUUUAAAUAUUGAUUAUUGUCACCAUCAAACGUGUGAGUU